AAAAAAAAAAAAAAAAAAGAUGAAUAAUAACUAGAUAUUAUGUCCUUUUGUCCGAACAAAAUUAAGAGAAUGUAAUAAAUGUUUCACUAACUAAUUGAAGUCGUCCGAUCAUGGGUAUGUAUCCGAUUGUGACGAAUCGGCCCAUACCCCUAACCAAUCACUGUUUAAUUCUCCCGAAAUUCCCAUUUCAGGAUUCUACUCUUGCUCUUUUUCUUGCCUACGGCAAUGCCGCAUAUGGAGAUAUCAAACUACACAAAGGCCCACACUAUUUCAAUUCAUAAAGGGAUUGGAAGAUUGCAAACUUCCUCUAUAAAACUAAUUCAUAUAAUCGACCUCAAGCAGAUAGAAACCGAGCUUUUAACUAUUCGAGAUCAUACUAUGACAGACUUAAAAAAAAGCUAUCUUUAUCAUACAUUAACUCAUGAGAUGGUUCAAGCCUUAUCAGCAUUAAGUACACUAUAUUUUAAAGACAGGAAAACAAGAUCAAUAAACUGGAUAGGCUCAGCAUGGAAAUAUGUUGCAGGAAGUCCAGAUCACGACGAUCUGAUGUUAAUCCAUAAUAACCUAAACAAUUUAAUUACAAAUAACAAUGACCAAGUUAUAAUUAACAGUCAGUUACAAGAUAGGAUCAAUAAUCUCACUUUUGUAUCCAAUAUGUUAAAAAAUUCUAUCAGGGAUGACAAUGGAUUCAGUAACGAAAUAGCUAUUAGCCUUCAAAACCAAGUUCGACUACUAAAAGAGGAAAUAAUUAAUGUCAAGUACGCAAUCCAAUGGGCUAGACUCAAUGUUAUAAACUCACUUCUCUUAAAUGAAAACGAACUACAAGAAGUUCAUAACAUUUUCCAAAAAAAUAAUAUGUCAUCUUUAACAGUUGAAGAAAUGUUAGAACUCACCGAUAUCUCUGUGUUGCAUAAUAAAACUACUAUUAUUUACAUUGUAAAAAUACCAGAAUUAGAUUCAACAAAUUUCGAAAAUUUAAUAAUAAAGCCAGUAAUAAAAAAUAAUCUGAUAGUUAAUAUUGAAGCAAACGAAAUAUUUUUAUCUGAUAACGAUAUAUUAAAGAUACCCAAUAAUUGUAAAACAACUAAAGAAUUUAAAAUAUGCUAUAAGAAAAAAACUGUAAACCUUCAACACACAAAUUGUAUUGCUAAGUUAGUUAGGGGAAAAGAAUCGCUGUGCGGCUUUACCAACGCAGACCACAUCCAGACAAUCGAAGAAAUAGACAACAGCCUCCUACUACUAAACAACUUUAACGGCAGUAUACGACAAGGCAACAAAACACACCAACUUAGAGGAACUUACCUACUACAUUUUUGGAAUGAUUCAAUUAUAAUAGAUAAAAAAGAAUUUAAUAACAAAGAGAAGACAAUACUUAAACCCGGAGUCCCACUUAUCCAGAUGACCCCGACGGAAAUGGAAAGGUUACAAAUACUUUCAUUAGAAUCCCUCCAAGCACUAAAUGUAAAAAAUACAAAACAUUUAAACCUUAUAAAGACCCAUUCAACGAAUAAUAGUAUCGCCAUAUUCUGCCUACUUGGUACAAUAAUUACUUCAAUCUUCAUCACAAGAUGUGUUAUGAAACCUAAAGAUAACAUAAUCAUCCAGGAAACUCUACAAAUCCCAAACAAUAACAUAAAGUUGAACAACAUUAAACCAAUUCAACUAGAAUUCAACAACAUUCCAUAUUUCUAGUACCAACUUGAGGACAAGUUGAAUUCUAAGGAGGAGGAGUUAACAACAACAUUGUUCGCCACAUGAACAAGAGUUCAGUGGCGGAAACAAUUCCGCAACUUUGUGACCAAACAGUUGCGCCGACCCAAGAUUCCGGGAACAUAAAUAAAAUCCCAAAAUGCUUAAUUAACAAUUGUCGCCGCCAACGGAAAAGUAUCCGUUUACGCCGACGUCGCCACCAGCUAUAAACAAAUCCAAAAUGCUGAAACUGCAAUUGUCGCCGUCAGCAGAAAAGUAUCCGCCUACGCCGACGUCGCCACGAGCUACGCCAGCGUCGCUGCCGAAAGCGCACAGCUAGUUUAGGGAUAUCUUAAGUUUAUAAAUUCAGUCCGAUUUUUAUUCUCCAAUAAAGAAGUUCAACAUUCAAUCUUUUGGAAAUUAACUGGCGCCCGAGCAGGGACCAGAAGAGGAAAUCUGAUUAAGUUCGAUCAGUACAGGAGACCCCUACGCAACUCCAACAGGAGGACAAUUGAUUAAGUUCAAUUGCGAGGAAACUUUCGGUACGACUCUUUUGGCCCGUCAACCUUGCGUUCCGGUUCGUCCACAGAGAGCCCUUUAUUCGUGUCGAUCGCAGGAUCCCAAGUAGGAAGCAAAAAGGACCAAAUCCGGAUCACCAGAAGGAGUAGCCGUACCUAACAUUUUUUAAAAUGUAAGUUAGUGAAUAAGUGAACAAAAGCAUACCUCAAAAGGAAAGAAAACAAAUACAAUUAAUAACGAAAUAUAAACUAAAGCUAAAAUAAAGUGAGUAAGUUCAAGUGAAAGUGUAAAUGAUCAAUGAAUAUAAAUUUAGAAGUGCAAAUGAAAUAUAAAGAAAACGUAAAAUAAUAAAAACAUAAAAACUGCAGAUGCAAAUAUUGCUGGCGGUAUAACAAAACCCAAUUCUGCGAAUCCUACAAGGACCCUCCAGAAUAGAAGGGCAAAACCAGCUGCUGGUUCUCAAACAAAUAUACGAAAUUAAAUUGAUCAUUCACAUCAUUCACAUUAAUUCGAUAUAAGGCAUUACACACCAACACAAUUACACACUACAUAUAAACACAUUGAAUUUAUUAAUAGUUAUAAAACACAAUCAAUUCAUUUCUCUAAAAUUCCUUCAACUGAAAUUUUCAACUAAACAAAAUUUUGUCAAAAUGUCCAACCCAAAUAAUUUAAUUAGACCUGCCACUCUCGUCUCAACCGGUAAUGAACCACCACAAUCUUCUCAUGCAAACAUAAAUACAACAGCCCAAAUAACUUCACUCAUUCAACAAAUAUUAAAUGAAUCAUUGCCAUCCUUGAUACAACAAUCUCAGAAUCCAACUUUUGAUUUCGCUAGUGCAGAACCACACGAAAUUAGGCCAGAACAUCAGGGAAACCUUGCAGACCUAGACAGAGUGCCCGAUAUAGUGAAAACUUUACGCGAAUUUUCGGGAAACCCAUCUGAGUUUGGAUCAUGGAAAAAAAG